AUGUCUCUUUCAUCAAACAAUUUAAACACAACCACAGCAGAAUCGAAGUCUAUUGCAGCUACAACUAUUAAUCCAGAAAUCAUAAUCUCCUCAAAAUCAUCUGAACUAUCAACAACAAUGCGUCCAAUUAUGGGUCCUGUGUCAUAUUUUAAAACGAAACGUGGUGGAAUAAAUUUGUGUAUGAAUGGAUUUAGCUAUCAAAAGUUCAAAGAAAUGAAAAGUGGAAUUAAAUGGUGGUGUUGUGAAAGUCGUAAUAAAUCGGUGAAAUGUCGAAUUUUUUUGUACACAAGUUGUAAUCAAGGAGAUGAUCACCAUCCACAAUAUGAUUUUAAAAAAGUAAUUGGAGAUCAUAAUCGCCAACCAGAUAAAGACAAACUUAUAAUUCAAAAAUUCAAAUCAGAUUUAAAACAAAUGACACAAUCACCAACAGUCCCACCAUCAAUUGCCACUUACAAUGAACUUGCUGCAACUAUGAAAUUAGGAAAAAGUGAAAUGGCACAGUUACCAUCAUUCAAUAGUAUUCGUAUGUCGCUUUGGAGAGCUCACAAUCGGAAUAUGCCUCAACUACCAAAUGACAUCAAUUUUCCUAUCCCGAUUGAAUUUUCUACCACAACAGAUGAUGAACCAUUUAUAUUAUUGGAUCAUUCAUAUGCCAAACAGAAAAAACGAAUAUUGAUGUUUUCAUCCGAAAAACAGUUCAAAGUAAUGUGUGAAAGUUCAUCACUAUAUAUGGAUGGAACAUUUGCCAUAACACCUCGAUUAUUUAAACAAACCUACAUAAUACAAGCUCAUGAUAUCGAAUCAAAAAAGGUUCUACCAGUGGCUUGGAUUCUUUUAAAUGAUAAAAAAGGUGCAACAUAUAGAAUUUUAUUCAAACAAAUUAUUUCUUUAGCUAAAACACGUGGAUAUGAAUUUUCCACAUCAAAUAUUAUGUCUGACUAUGAGUCAGGAAUUAUAUCAACUUUGAAAGAGUUGUUUCCUCAAAUUAAACAUGAUGGAUGUUUUUUCCAUUAUCUUCAAAAGAUUGUUAAACGAAUGAAAAAGUAUGGUCUUUGGAUGCACUAUUUAAAUGAUAGUAAUUUAUACGAAUGGAUUAAAAGAAUGAUGGCUAUUCCAAUGUUACCAGUAACAAAAAUGGAAGAAGCAUUUCAAUUAAUUGAAAAAGAAAAGAAAACCGAUCGUAAAUUAAAACAAUUCAUACCACAAUUAAAUAAAAUGUUAUUUUACUAUAAGAAACAAUGGCUAGCACCUGGUAUGAUCGAAAUGGUUUGUGUUUAUAAUAAAUCCAAAAGAACAAAUAAUUAUAGUGAAUCUUAUAACAAAACCCUCAAAUCGAUAAUGCCUCGACGAAAACCAUCAAUUUGGCAAUUUUCUCGUGUACUUAAAAUGGAAGAAACCGGUUUUCGUAUUAAAAUGGCUCAAGGUGGGACCGGAAAUUCAUCUGUCAAAUUGAUAAAAGGAUCGAAUGUUAUUGCUAGUGAACAAAUCACAGAACAAAUAAACGAAAUUAAUCAUCAAUUAAUAAAGAAAAAAAUAGAUCUUUCAAGUGCAUUGAAUAAAUUACGUGAAUGCGUUGGAACGAAAUAUGAAAAUGGUCGACAAAUCAGUGGAAGUCAUCGUUAUUUAGGAGUUUUAGAAGCAGAUGGAACAUAUAAUAUUUAUAAAAAAUUUAAAGGUGGUCCACUAGACGUACAAGAUGAAUCUUAUCGUACGACAAAAUUUAUAUUAGAAUAUGCCAAAACAAUGGGUGAUAUGCCGAGAAUUCGAGAUGUAGAAGAUCAUUUUUCCCAUGAAAAGAUUCUUGUCUGUCGUGAUUGCAUCCAAAUUAUUUUAAAUCAUUGUCACGAUGCAGUUAACAUUAUCAAUAAAAAAACUAAUAUUGAUUAUGAUGUUACAAUUUUAUCAUCAACAACCAUACAGCAAGAAAAGGAAAACCAUUCUCUGAAUAAAACAACUAGUACUAACGCAAUACAACCACCAAAACAAAGUCAAUCAUUAUCUGCUGCUGUCUUAUUAGAUGAUAUGAGUGAAAUGAAAUCAUCAAAACGAUUAGCUAAACCAGUUAUUAGCAAUACUAUAUCACCACAACCAGUGCUCACAUUAGUUGCUAAUGAACCACAACAGGAGUGCAACACAACGAAGUAA